AUGGAUUUCGCAAAUACCGCUGAUAUUUCUUCAUAUGGAAUGCCAUCAAAUCAUGCGACGUUCAUGUUCUUCAUGAUGGCCUAUUUUUUGCUUUUUAUAAAGUAUCGUCUCUCACCGCUUCAUUAUUCCUCUUUCUCCCGAGCCUUUAUCGCCCUCUUUUUGCUCUUUAUAUCUGUGAUCACUUGCUACACUAGAGUAUAUCUUGAGUUUCAUUAUGUCGACCAGGUGUGCAUCGGUGCCCUCAUUGGGUCGAUUCUGGGCUCUUUAUGGUUCUACGUCGUUCACGCCAUACUGACUCCUCGCUUUCCCCAAAUUGUUGAGAGCAAAAUUGGUAGGGCGUUGAUGUUACAGGACUUUACUCACAUUCCAAAUAUUUUUACAUUUGAAUACAAUGCUGUGAAGACGUUCCACUCUCAGUAA